GACCAUUGUUAGUGGGUGAUUGGAAUAGUAUGUUGCGUGGGAAGAGCAAAAAUAAAGUGGAGAACGAGGAGGAAGAGGGCGAGCUGAAGCAGAGGAGACCCAAGUGUGCUCGGUGUAGAAACCACGGCUUGAUUUCCUGGUUGAGGGGGCACAAGAGAGAGUGUCGUUACAGGGAGUGCCUGUGUCCAAAGUGUUCUUUGAUCGCUGAGAGGCAAAGGGUCAUGGCAGCUCAAGUGGCCCUCAAGAGACAGCAGGCCGCCGAAGACGCCAUUGCCCUAAAAAUGGCUAAAGUGGCAACUGGUCAGAAACUCAGUCGAUUGCCACCGGGGAAAAUAUUCGGGAUGGCAGUAACCGAGCCAAAGUCAGCUGUAGGCACCAACAAAGAGGAAGAUCCCCCGCCAAAAGAGGAUCUAGAAGUGGAGGAUUCGAGAAAUGACGACUCUUCGAACAAUCAGUGUCAAGAUUCCCCAACGAGCAACGAGAGCACGACAAAGUACAAAAGCCUAGUAUUCAACGUGAACAAUCCAGAGGAAACAAAAGAGAGCAGCGUGUCUCAGACCUCGGUGGAAACACUGGCUCGCCUCUUUCCCAACACAAAGCUGUCGGUACUACAACUGGUGUUGCAGAGAUGCGGCCAAGACCUGUUGAAAGCAAUCGAAUACUUUGCCAGCGACAGUUUCGGGAUUAAUUCAACAGCCUACGCUUCAGCCUUCCGACCGCCGCAAAACAUCAGUGAGACCAGGCCCAGCGAACAACUCGCUGGCACUAUGCUAGCUCCAAUCUACUCCAGUCUGUCUAGGAAUUUCUACGGAGACGGCUACUGCUUGUUAAACAUCGUCCCCGACCAGUUUCCGAAAAGUAUAGUAGAUACGACGACUUGCACCACUUUGCCUAUCAAAAACAGUGGACAGCAUGAACAAGAAGGAGUAGCUUUAAACGUUCAGUAUAAUAAUUAUUUCAAUUCUGGCGCACAACAACAGUUGAGAGAUCAUGUGUACGCUCAAGUUACAGAUCAUCUUUCUCCAAGGCCUGGUUUUCUUCAUUUACCCCCAGUACUGCCAGGGAUUCCCUGUGUACAGCCUAAUUGCGCCCAAUGUAACUAUAAAUUUCCCUAAAUUGCUGCAAAAUAUUUAUUUCUUAUGGUUUGGUAUACCGAACACUAGAAAGAUAAGGAGGACCUCUAAUGAGGAAUAAAGAGGAUACCAAGCUUCCAAGUAUCCCAAGUUCUUUAUUUUAUGUAAAAGUUUAUUUCUUGAAUUGGACAAAUGUAUAUAAUACUAAUUGUAUGUACAAUUGGAACGAGGGACAGAAUAAUCCGCGCAGUAGAAAUUAUUUUAUUUCAAGUGGAUUUUACAACGUAUAAUCUAAGCCAGAAUGGCAAUUAAUUAAGCGAAUUUCAAAAUGCCAUUGGCUUAUCAUACGUGAAAUUGCACGUGGACUUAACAAACGUUCGCAUGACCUGCGAUGCCGCUAUCAGAACAGAGGGAAUUUCCGUGAUCGGCAGACCUUAAUCUUCAAAGUUCAGUGCGAGCAAGUCAAGCGAAGCGUACUCCUGGCAUGCAUCGUUUCCCCCAA